UGCCUUCGCAGAGAGACCCGUGUCACCGCCGUCUACUCCUACCGCUCACGACUUCUGCUGGGUUUACGGUUCCUCCGAGCCGAACGCGUCGCCCCUGCUGCUACACUUCUAGACUCUCCUCCGCCGCUUAGCGCCUCCACACGCGCGCAGCCGCCGUGCCAUGAGCUCGAUCCGAUCGGCUCUCGCGAGGGCAUUCCUCGCCCCGAAGCCGCGGGGAUGCCGCCACUACGCCGCCUCCGUCGGCGAGACGCAGCCCGAGAGGGUGGCGGCGGAGAUGGUCCGCUACGCCCUCGGCGGCGCCAAGCACCGGAGCUCGCCAGAGGAGGCGAUGCGGAUACUGGAGCAGGGGGCCUCGAACCUGCAGGGCGGCGGCGAGGGCAGCGCCGAGGCCGUGGGGAUGCUCAUGCUCGCCAUGUCCACGCUGCUCUACCGGAGUGGAAAACGUCAAGAUGCUAUGGAAAAGCUCAAAGCAACUCAACAAGUUGCUCCUUCUGCAGAUUUCAGAGUUGCUGCGUGGGAAGCACUAAUGGGACUACGCAUGGAAGCAGGCCAGGAUAUCCCCUUUUCGGUGUCCCCAAAUGAUUCGGUUGAUCUGUCAAUCAAAGAUGAAGAUAUCAAAUGGUCUGAUCUGGACCGUCUAAAAUUUCGGGUUAAUGCUACCAAAGGACUUAUUGCACUUCUAAAUGGAGAAACAGAAUCAGUUCAGCUGUUUGUAGAUGGAUGCAAGGACAGCUGUGCUGGAGUAGACAAUAAACAGACAGAAAAUGCUCUCCUUUCAUUUGGUGAAUAUCUACAUUGUGCUGGGGAUUUUCCUAUGGCAACACAAAUGUAUGAGAGGGUGUUUGAGGCAGUUUGUGCAGAAGAUAUGUAUGAAAAAAUUUUAGCAGCUGGAAACAUGGUUCCUGAGGAGGUUUCUCUUGGGGCCACUUGCUCAUAUGGGCAGCUUUUAUCUCAUUCUGGGAAGUUUAGUGACGCAGAAGAUUAUCUCACAAGAGCACUACAGAAGGCUGAAGAACAAUUUGGUGCACACCACCCAAAGGUUGGCAUGGUAUUAACUUGUGUAGCUAGAAUGUACAAACUGAAAGCAAAAUCAGAAGGUUCUAGUUCAAUCAUGGUUCAGGAGGGGCUGUACAGGAAGGUCCUAGAAGUCCUGAAAGCUCCAGCUAUUAAUUCUGAGGAUAACAGCACACAGAUGGACUGGAGAGAUAUCAUCUCCCUUGCUCGAGGUGAGUAUGCCGAAUUGUUGCUUGUUCAGUCAAACAGAAAAGUGGAAGGUGAACGGAUGAAGGCUUGGGCAGAAGAUGCUUGGAGGAAUCGUAGAUUAACGUUAGCACAAGCAUUAGAGUUUACAGAACCUUCAAAACCAACUGUUGUGAUUGACACCCGAAUCGGCAGGGUCAUGUAAGCUUCCAUCGCAACCUGAUGAAAUGUACCAUGCAAUAAUCGGUGAUGCACCUCAAAUGUAAUAUAUUGAAGUGUUGUGGAUGCC